AUGUUCUACUUGAGAAAAUCUGACCGAUCCCUUUCUACCCCCUCGAGUCGAAUCAUAUUCUAUGAACCGAGCUGUUUAGGGUUAGUCAUUAUUAACACUCACGUGCAGGCUUGGCUGCAAACACUUGGUCAAGCAUUUUUGUUUGUCCGACUGAGACAGAAAUAUCCGAUCAGCCUCAAACUAACUGAAUCCAUCACACAUCUCCCUCACCCGGAGCAGUCACCUUGCCACGCCAUUCAGAGAUGCACGCCGAGUCCCCUGCCUGUGGACCUCUUGCUACAAACUUUACCUAUUCCCUAUCGAAAAGAAAACCCCGCGAAUCAAAGUGGCUCUAUAGGCACGACAAACCCCCUCCCCUAG